AGAAAGUCAUUGUGGUGUUUAAAAAAAGCAAAUAAUGUUAGAUUCUGGAUUUUCCAAUACUGACAGAUUGUGAUUUACAGUUUAGUCACAAUGAGACGAAGCUCAAUUAUUGCUGGAAGCAGCGGUCGGCAAUCUAUGAUGGCACUGAGAGUGCAGGACAGCAACAAGAUGGGUCUUCAAACACCUCAGACGAAGGACAAAGGUACGUUUGGGAAGCUGAGCAUGAGCAAACCUACACCUGGAACUUCGGAAAGAAAAGUCAGCUUUUUUGGGAAGAGAACUAGUGGGGCUGGAGGUUCACGCAACAGUCAGUAUGGUGUGUUCGGUACAGAAAAGAUCAAGGAUCCCAGGCCACUUCAUGACAAGGCAUUCAUCCAACAAUGUAUCAAGCAGCUUUGUGAGUUUCUUGUUGAGAAUGGUUACGCCCAUAAUGUUUCCAUGAAAUCACUACAGUCUCCAUCGGUUAAGGACUUUUUAAAAAUCUUCACUUUUAUCUAUGGAUUUCUCUGCCCUUCUUAUGAACUGCCUGACUCAAAAUUUGAAGAGGAAAUUCCCAGAGUUUUUAAAGAGCUUGGGUACCCCUUUCCUUUGUCAAAAAGCUCCAUGUACACAGUUGGAGCACCGCACACGUGGCCUCAGAUCGUGACAGCUUUGGUUUGGUUAAUUGAUUGUGUCAAGUUGUAUGCUGCCAUGAGGCAAAAUGCGCCAUCAUUUGAUGAUGGACAGAGCUGGGGAGGAGAAACGGAUGAUGGAAUUGUACAUAAUAAGCUUUUCAUGGACUACUGUGUGAAGUGCUAUGAGCACUUCAUGAAAGGGAGAGAUACUUUCGAAGAUUUGGAUGCAGAAGUGCAGUCAAAACUAAAGGAUUUAUUUAAUAUAGAUGAAUUCCAGAUAGAAGGUUUAGCAGCUGACAACAAAAGACUUCAUGAAGAGAUUGCAAGACUAGAAAAAGAAAAGGAAAGUGAGCCGGAUCGUAGAGUAUCACUACGAAACCUGAAAUCAUCUCUUCAAGCAGAUGUCCAGAAAUACCAGGCUUAUUUGGCUAAUCUGGAAUCUCAUAUAGCCAUCCUUGAUCAAAAAAUGGAAGGUGUAAAUGAGGAAGUUGAGGCAGCAGAAAUGGAAGUAGAAGCGAUGAAGCAGGAGAAUGCCCGGCUCCAGCACAUCUUUGAUAACCAAAAGUACUCAGUUGCGGACAUUGAGAGAAUAAAUCACGAGAGAAAUGAGUUGCAGCAAACCAUUAACAAGCUGACUAAGGAAGUGGAAGCAGAAGAACAUCAGCUGUGGAAUGAAGAGCUAAAAUAUGCUAGGAAUAAAGAGGCGAUCGAAAUGCAACUGGCAGAGUAUCAUAAACUGGCUCGAAAGCUGAAAUUAAUUCCAGUAAGUGCUGAGAAUUCCAAAGGCCACGACUUUGAGAUUCAGUUUAAUCCUGAGGCAGGACCAAAUUGCCUAGUCAAAUACAGAACUCAGAUCAAGGCUCCCCUUAUGGAGAUCAUAAACCAGACUGAGGAAGAAAUUAGGAAAGCUACUCAACGGAAAAUGACUUUGGAAGAUACUUUGGAACAGGUGAAUGUAAUGGUAGUGGACAAGAAAAGCAGUGUGAAAAUGCUGAAAGAAGAAGCUGAAAAGCUGGAUGAUCUUUAUCAUCAGAAGCUUAAGGAGGCAGAAGAGGAAGAGCAAAAAUGUGCAAAUGAACUGGAAUUGUUAGAGAAGCAUAAACAAUUACUUGAGAGUGGUGUCAAUGAAGGUCUCAGUGAAGCCACAAAUGAAUUGCAUGAUCUUCAACGACAAUACCAAGUUGUUAUGCAAACAACAACAGAAGAGAGCAGGAAAACUGGUGAUAACUUGAAUCGUCUUUUGGAAGUGAUUGCUACUCAUGUAGUAUCUAUAGAGAAAUAUCUUGAUGAACAGAAUGUGAAAAUUGACAGAGACUAUGAAGAAUUUAUGUCUGAAGACCUAUUGUCAGUCUUGACCGGAAUUCUAGACAGUUAUAAAAAGAAGGCUGAAAGUCUGUAAUUACCAAAAAGGGGAAGAUGAAAAUGUUGCAUUUCUGAAGCUCUGGUAUGGUGCCUUCUAAAAAGAUGGGUACUUCCUGUGUUUAGUAGUGAAACUGGUUUUAAGUGUAAGGAAAUGUUUAUGAAUUUCCUUUCUUUUAUUGACACAAAUACAUUAAAGAAUUCAACAGUGUAUUUG